CCUGAGUUGACAUGUCGUAAACCUCACCCGAGUUGAUGUUGUUGUCGCUUUGCUACUUGUGUAUGUUUUUUGGCGUGAACCACCCUGAAUGUUGUCAAGUAAUGAUGAUUAUUUUAGCAUCAUGAAGGAACAAGUCGUUGUUGUGAUCAAAGUCUGACUCGGGUUGGAAGAAAGUGGUCGUGUUUGCCGCGGAAGGGGCCAGGACAUGACUUGAUGUGUCGCCAAAUAAGCUUGACUAUGGCGGCGGCUUACGACGCAGAAGGACAUUCUGUGGUGGUGGAGGUGAGCCCUGACAUCCACAUUUGUGGAUUCUGUAAGCAGCAGUUCAACAAUUUCCAAGUGUUUGUGGCACACAAGCAGACUGGAUGCUCUCUACAAAGCAUGAGGAACAGCUCAGCCACAACUACAGCUUCUCCCCUGCCAGCUCUCCUGCUGUUCCUGAUAGCCUCCUCCUCAUCUUCUCGUGUUGUACUUUUGGGCCCAUCCUGCUCAUCUUCUGAAGGCUCCAGCAUGGAGGUGGUCUUGGAGGAGACGUUCCAGACGUGUCUCCUGAGAGGGGUCAAGAAGAUCCUCACCAAACCACAGAAGAGCAAGAAGCUGAAAGACUCGCUGACGUCCAAGAGGCACAGCUGCUGUUUCUCAGGCUGCACCUUUAUGACGCAGUACGGUCAAAAAGACAUGGAGAGACACCUGAAAACACACACAGGCGAGAAGCCGUUUGAGUGCGAGCUGUGCCACAAGCGCUUCAGCCGGCGGGACAAGCUCAACAUGCACAGCCGUUCGCACACUGGCGAGAAGCCGCACAAGUGCAAGCUGUGCGCGUACGCGGCGGCCGACAGCAGCAGCCUGAAGAAGCACCUGAGGAUCCACUACGACGAGCGGCCCUUCAAGUGUCAGAUCUGUCCCUACGCCAGCCGCAACUCCAGCCAGCUCACUGUGCACCUACGCUCGCACACCGGUGAUGCACCCUUCCAGUGCCAGCAGUGCGACGCCAAGUUCAAGAUCAACUCGGACUUGAAGCGGCACGUUCGGGUACACUCGGGGGAGAAGCCCUACAAGUGCGAUCUGUGCGAGUACCGCUGCGCCAUGAAAGGUAACCUCAAGUCGCACGUUCAGAUCAAACACGCCGCCGAGAACUCCUUCCAUUGCGCACACUGCGACUUUAAGUGCGCCAACAAGACGGCGCUGCGUCAGCACUCGCGCCAACACCGGCCCGUUCAGCCCGUCCAGUGCCCCAAGUGCACGUACUCCUGCGCCAGCCGGGGGGCCCUCAAGGUCCAUGAGAGGAUCCACUCCGAGGAGCGGCCGUUCAAGUGCGACUCGUGCGGCUAUGCCUCCAAGCAGCGCAGCAACCUGGUCAUCCACAGGAAGCGCUUCCACUCGGACACGGCAGAGAAGGGCGGCGGGCGAGGCGGCGGCAAGAGGCCUGGCGACGAUCCCCCGAAGCCCGUCAGCUCUCGGUACCGGGCCAAACUGGACGCCACUCGAGCCUUCAGCUGCGACUUGUGCAGUGCUUCGUUUGUCCGGGAGGACUCGCUGAGGAGUCACAGGAAGCAGCACAGAGAAGUCCAAAACCCCCUGCAGGGCCACGUGGGCUCCCCGCUUCCUGCUGUGGCGCCUCAGGUGGAAGUCCCGGUACAGACGGACUCAUUGUCACAGCUCAAAAUUAUUGUCUCUUCAGCGGAGAAUUCCAACAAGAUGGUUCUGUUGAGUCCAGAACACCAGGACAUGGUGGUGAACUCCAUGCUGCUGGCGCCUGGGCCAUGCCAAAGCGCAGAGGCCACCUACGUACCCCAGACAGUCCUGUUGACGCCACUCCACACCACCACUGCUGACGACCCGCUGCAGCAGGUCCAACCAACUGUUGUCACUCACGACUCUGCCGCUAGCCCGCAGACUUUCAUCACCACCUGCACAGAACUGGAGGACCUGAGCGCUUUGGUGCAGGAGGGCGGCACGGAGGUGACAGUUGUGACAGAGGGGAAUGGCGCCGUGAUGACGACUCCACCCAGUGGCGGCGUAGAGGGUCGAGGGCAGUGCCUUAGCAUGUGAGCAGAACUUUUCAAAGGACAUAAGCUAACCUUUGAGCCUUCUUGAAGGAUGUUGAGAAUCUCCUGAGUAAAAGCACUCAAGUCACUGGACUUGCAGCUCCCCAGUUCUUCCACAAGGGUGCAGCAGAUAGAUGGACGAGAAUGACGCCGCCACUCAGUGCAACCUUGCAAGUAUUGAUUGUUUUCCGCGAUGAAUAAGUCCUCUGCGGCGUGGGACAAACCCGAUGAAGCACAAAGAAGUCCUGCUUGCUAAAAAGCUAGCGUUUCUCUCCACGGAUUGAUUUUUCAAUAAAGUGCCUGUUUGGCUUCAA